CUGUGGACGAACACACGGUCUCUAAACAAAUAAACGAAAGAGGAUUCCAACACCUUGCGACGAAAACGGGGAAAACCCAAAAGCUCAACCUCUUUUUCUACGACCCAACGCCAAAACCCACUACUCCCCCGACGACCCUUUGGAAGCAAUGGCGGAAUCCAGCAACCUCAAGAGCGAGGCUCGACGGAGCGAGGAGGGCCACGGCCUCCUCAACGGCGAUGAGAAGCGAAUCGAAGAGAGCUACGAUCUCGAGGCCAACAGCACUGCCGCCACCGAACAACAAGCCAACGCCGACAGAGUCCGCAACCCCGUCGAAUACACCAUCUCACCACAGGUCAAGUUUGGCUGGUUGAGCGCCUAUUUCAUGUUCAGCUUGGUUUUAACCCUCUACAACAAGUUGAUUCUCGGAGCGUUCCCCUUCCCGUGGCUUCUCACCUCACUUCACGCCACGUGCGCGAGUUUGGGUUGCUACUGCUUGCUCCAAUGUGGCUACUUCACCAUGUCCCAUCUGGGACGCCGCGAAAACCUCAUUCUCCUCGCCUUCAGCUUGCUCUUCACCACCAACAUUGCUGUGUCUAACCUGUCACUUGCCAUGGUCUCCGUGCCGUUCUACCAGGUCCUCCGAACUACCGUCCCCGUAUUCACGGUUCUCAUCUACCGCGUUGUCUUUGGUCGCACUUAUGAGAACAUGACCUACCUGACGCUGGUUCCCAUCAUGAUUGGUGCUGCUCUGACCACCAUUGGCGAGUACACUUUCACCGACCUGGGUUUCCUUCUCACUUUUGCGGGCGUGGUGCUUGCUGCGGUCAAGACCGUCGCUACCAACCGCAUUAUGACCGGCCCCCUGGCCCUCCCCGCUAUGGAGGUCCUGCUGCGCAUGUCGCCCUUUGCGGCUAUGCAGUCUUUGGCCUGCGCCAUCGCCGCCGGCGAGCUCGGAAACCUCAACACCAUGCGUGUGGAGGGCAACAUCAGCCUCGCCACCGUUAUCGCUCUUCUCGGCAACGGCAUCCUCGCUUUCGCCCUCAACGUUGCCUCUUUCCAGACCAACAAGGUCGCCGGUGCUCUGACGAUGAGCAUCUGCGGUAACCUGAAGCAGUGCCUGACGGUUGGCCUCGGCAUUAUCGCCUUUGGCGUCGAAGUCCACCUCUUCAACGGCUCCGGCAUGAUUCUCACCAUGAUUGGUGCCGGGUGGUACAGCAAGGUCGAGCUCGACCGCAGAGCCCGCAAAUAAACUGGUCCAAAUAGACUGGCGAGCUGCGCAAUCGCUGCGCGUGUAACGAAUAUCAGUAACGGCCGAAUAUCACAUAGAACCGGGCGCAGGCAGAGCCGGGUCAGCCUGUGAGGGUGUUGGGUGUAUAGGGAAAGCGUCUGGUUGUAUCAACCACAGGAGCCGCGGUCGACGCCGUCCACUAC